GUCCUCUCUACCAACCUACUCUGCCUCCGCAUUGAUAAAUGACAGAGCUCUAUAUAUGGCCUCAAUUACCAAGCUUAAAAUCCCAUCUCCUUCACCGGCGACCCUAUUUUCUCUCUCCCUCUCAACGUCUUCCUUUCCUUCUCCCUCGCCGAUCAUGGGAAGUGAAGUGGAAGUGGUAGCAGACAUUGAUUUCCCAAAGCAGAUCGUUAAGGCCAAGCCGUUAUCUCUGUUGGGUCAUGGAAGUACAGAGAUAGAGAUUCACUUUCUAGAAAUAAAGUUGACUGCGAUUGGAGUUUAUUUGGAGCCUUCAAUUGUGGAGCAUUUGCAACAAUGGAAGGGAAAAGCUGCUAAGGACUUGGAGGAAGACGAUGACUUCUUUCAGGCUAUUAUUUCUGCUCCAGUGGAGAAGGUUAUAAGAGUAGUGGUGAUCAAAGAGAUCAAAGGGUCACAAUAUGGAGUGCAGUUGGAGAGUGCAGUUAGGGAUAGAUUGGCAGCUGAUGACAAAUAUGAAGAUGAAGAGGAAGCUCAGUUGGAAAAAAUUGUUGAAUUUUUUCAGUCCAAAUAUCUGAAGACACAUUCUGUUAUAAACUUCCAUUUCCCACCAGCUUCAACCAUUGCUGAGAUAGAGUUUUCAAGUGAUGAGAAAGAGGAGUCAAAGAUGAAAGUUGAGAAUGGAAAUGUGGUUGAAAUGAUUAAGAAAUGGUACUUGGGUGGGACUAGAGGUGUGUCUCAACCAACCAUAUCAUCAUUGGCUAACAAUCUUGCCAUUGAAUUAUCUAAAUGAACCCUAAACCCCACCUUUGAACUUCUUUUGCACAAUGCUUGCUUUUUUUCUUUCUUUUCUUAAUUACUGUAACAGUGGUUACUGUUGAAGUGGUGAGCUUAGGUUUUGAAUAAUAUUUGAACUCUUGGUUGAAGAUGUAUGCUUAAGUAGUAUUUUUUUUUUAA